CCUCCUCUCCUUCUUUGCGUGCGUUGUUCGUUCGCAGAAGGAUUCUCUCUCGGUCGCAUGUGUUUUUCGUGUCGCGAGGUGCGCAUUGACGACGGUCUGUAAAGAAAAAGGUCUCGAUCCAAAAAUUUCGGUGCGAAAUUCCGAUGUAAAACACGGCGGACUGGAAACGUGAAAUAUUUUUUGUGUUUUGAGUUCAAACGAGCAAGGGAUUUGUCGAGCGACGACACUUUUGAAUACCGCGACGCAGCAGGCUCUGAGUGUGAAUGGAUUCCGAUCCCGGGGUCGUGCUGGUGGAAAAAGUGGAAGAGGACGAAAUUUCUACGGAUAAAGAUAGCGGAAUGGAAUCGGCCGGCAACAGCAAGGAUGACACCCCGGAACGCAAAACGGCAACGUUAGAGGAUUUGCUGCAGGAUGACGAGAUGGACCCGAUUGUGGCUGCUCCGGCGCCGAGUGCACCGCCAGCACCUGCACAACAACCGGCGGCACCAGAAGUAGCAGCAGCACCAGCACCAGCAACACAAAAGCCACAACCUACAGCUUCUUCGACGGCUUCGAAAGCUUCCGCUCCAGCUGCCAUCAAAAGCAAGGAUGACGAUUACGAUGACGAACCGGACGAGACGCUGGGCGAACGCCUCUGGGGUCUCACCGAGAUGUUCCCCGAGACGGUGCGGAACGUGACCGGGGCAGUGACGAACUUCUCCGUGGCCAGCGUAAAAACCGUGUACAAGCUCACCUGUAACGCAUCGUGGAUCUUCUUCACCAGCUCGAUGAUUCUGUUCGCCCCGAUCGUAUUUGAGGUGGAACGGGCCCAGAUGGAAGAGAUGCAGAAGUCCCAACAGAAGCAAGUGCUGCUGGGUCCGGGUUCGGCUGUUGGCGGUGGUGGUCCAGGUGGUAUGCCGGCGAUGCCCCCGAUGGCGGCGCGAUAAUCGUCCUCUCCCCCGAAUACAAAACUCAUACAUUUGCAAUUAAUUAGCCAGUAGAGGAAACAGACUCAUACUAUGUCGUGUUUGCCACGGGAACGGAAAAGUAUGAGGGACAAAUUUCAAGACUACUGUUGUUACUACAGACAGAUUCAAUAGGUUAUAUUCGAGCAUUCGAGCGAUUCAAGCGGAGUCCAACACACACAUCCACACAUGAUGAUACGUUCAUUUGGACAGGUUAGUUCCUUGGUGGCCUCCUUUUUUCUUGCUCUAUCGAAAUCUAUGAAACUUAUAAAUAUAAUGAAGCAUAGGCCAACUUCCUGUUUCAGGCGGACAACCUUUUUUAGUCACAAAUCGAAUGAUUACCGCUUAAUGGACAUUUAACUGAUUGAUUGUUGCUAAGCAGUAGUACUAUCCUAGAGGAUCAAAUACAAAAUACAGUAUAGAGGAUAA